UUCUCAGUGGCUCUUAGCCUCUUUCAUUGCACUCAUCGCUACCACCACCACUGCAGUGCUCCCUCUUUUCUCCUCUCUCCUCAUUUCUGCCCCACUCACAACCAAAGAGCAAGCCUCCGCACCCACCCUGCGGCCCCCUUCCUCAUUCACGAACACUCUGACAGAGCUUUAACCAACCACACCACCACCAAAGGAAGUGUCCGGCGCCAGUCUAUAAAGACCCGGAGAGUGCCACCGGUAUGACGCAGAGCAACGGGGAGGACCCUCAGAGGGCCUGCAGGGGGCUCCGACAGUUCCAGGCCGGCAUCCAGUCCCGCUCUCUGUUGGCCAGGAAGAGAGUCCAGAAUAUCACCAAGAAUGACGUGAAGGGCUUCUUCAUACGGAACGCCUUUGUCAUACUCACCGUUGCGGCGGUUAUCAUCGGUAUAAUACUGGGUUUUGCCUUACGGCCGUACAAAAUGUCUUAUCGCGACAUCAAGUUCUUCUCUUUCCCUGGAGAGCUGCUGAUGAGGAUGCUUCAGAUGCUGGUGCUGCCCCUGCUGGUGUCCAGUCUCAUCACGGGAAUGGCUGCUCUGGACAGCCGUGCUUCGGGCAAAAUGGGCAUGAGGGCGGUGAUCUACUACACCACCACCACGGUGAUUGCUGUGUUUAUCGGCAUUGUCAUGGUGCUCGUUAUUCACCCUGGUAAAGGCUCCAAGGAGGAGUUCGGCAAACAGCAGCCAAUAGAGCAGGUUAGCCCUGCUGAUGCCUUCCUGGACCUUAUCAGGAACAUGUUCCCUCCGAACCUUGUGGAGGCUUGCACCAAACAGUUCAAGACGCAGUACGCCAAGAGGGUAGUCCACAUCAAGGUGACGGUGAACGAUUCUGUGUUCACGCUCAACGGGAGCCAGCUGAUCAGCAGGGAGGAGAUGAUCCCGGUGCCAGGGUCGGUCAAUGGGGUCAACGCUUUGGGAUUGGUGGUGUUCUCCAUGUGCUUCGGUUUCAUCAUCGGGAGCAUGAAGGAGCAGGGCCAGCCUUUGAAGGACUUUUUUGACUGUCUCAACGAGGCCAUCUUGAGGCUGGUGGCCAUAAUCAUGUGGUAUGCCCCCAUUGGCAUCCUGUUCCUGAUUGCGGGUAAAAUAGUGGAAAUGGACGACAUCACGUCAAUGGGCGGCCAGCUUGGCAUGUACACAGUGACUGUCAUUUCCGGGCUGCUGAUCCAUGCUGUCAUUGUCCUACCCACGCUGUACUUCAUCAUCACCCGGAAGAACCCCUUCGUCUUUAUCGCCGGGCUGCUGCAGGCCCUCAUCACCGCCCUGGGAACCUCAUCUAGUUCUGCCACGUUGCCCAUCACCUUCAAAUGCCUGGAGGAAAACAACAAAGUGGACAAGCGCGUGACCCGUUUCGUGCUGCCCGUGGGCGCCACAAUAAACAUGGACGGCACGGCCCUGUAUGAAGCGCUGGCAGCCAUCUUUAUCGCUCAGGUUAACAACUAUGACCUCAACUUCGGGCAGAUUCUCACCAUCAGUAUCACAGCCACAGCAGCCAGCAUUGGAGCGGCCGGAAUCCCUCAGGCAGGACUGGUUACUAUGGUGAUAGUGCUAACCUCGGUAGGCUUGCCGACUGAUGACAUCACGCUCAUCAUUGCAGUGGAUUGGUUCCUGGACCGAUUGCGCACCACCACUAACGUUCUGGGAGACUCCAUUGGGGCAGGUAUAGUGGAGCACCUGUCCCGCCACGAGCUGAAACAAGACCAAGAGACGGGCAACUCUGUGCUGGAAGAAGCGGACAAGAAGCCCUACCAGCUCAUCUGCCAGGAGCACGAGUACGAGAACGAGAGGCCUGUCGACAGCGAGACCAAAAUGUAGAAGUUUGGGUAGCAAAGGGCGGAGACUUGUCGAUAUGAGCCAAGGACAGGACAGCGGAGAUAUGUGAUGACGUUGGUACAUGCUGAAUCUGUCACAUGACAGCUGUUUACUCAAGCUUGUCACGAUUCCGUUGUGUUUUUGUUUUCAUUUUCCAAAGUUACAAGUCUACCAAAUGAGACCAUUUGCAAACUACAUUUUGACACUCUUCUAAGGUUUGGUACUUUAUGUCGAAUUACUACCGAGCAGUCUUCCAAAUUAGUAUCGUUCAUGGGAAACAACGAAAUAUACAAUUGAUUUUAUCCAAGAGGAUACAGCAAAAAUAGAGACUGUGGAGUGUAACAGCAUCCAAAGCUAAGGCUGAACUAACAUGAGCAUCUCUGUGUUGUCAUUUCUAGCCGUGCACCUCCAAUUAUUACAUAUCUGGUGGCCGGGUGGGGAAUAAUACACCGCAAUACUCAGCCAUACAUGCUUUUGCUAAUAGAAAAGUGGCAAAAAAAAGGCCUGCUAGUUAAUGACAUGUGCAAAUGUAGCGUACCAAACUGUACGGCAUGGCCAAAAUGUGGCUUUUUCUUCCUCCAUUUAACUGUGAUGACUCGUUUCUCUCACUCGAGGCCAGUGUUGUUCGGAGGUCAAAACACUGCAGCACAGUUUUUCUGGCUUUUUAAGAUGCAUUUUCACUUUUCGCUGAAUUUGGUGACGAACCAAUGUACUGUUGGAUAUCUUGCUCAUUUUCUUUUGGGAGAACGGAAAGGGCUACUACCUACUUUUAGAAAAAGACUGACCAUUUUCCAUAAAUUAAUUGAAAGUAUGUUGCAUAUACAGUAUGGCACA